AAAGGACGUUGGUCCGCUCUCCAUUCUCUGUUGUGAAGUUCUGUUUCUGCGAAGUUCGAGUUUUGUGGCUUUCCCAGGAUCAAACGCGUGUUUCGCGCUAUUCGUUUCAAUUAACUUCAGGUGGAUGCUGCUGUUAAUUUGGGGAUAGGCGAUUGCGGUUGAGUUUUUAAACAGCACGUUGCGAUGAUUGAAAAGUGAGGAGGAAAUUAUUUGUGUGUGAAGAGUGAACGUUGUGUUUGAAUAGAAAAGAGUGGUGCUUACCGGUGCGACCGACAAACAUUUCAAUUACCACCGGGACCAAUCUGCAACGCUGUCGUACCUACGUAGGACGGAACAAUCUGUCGUUUUAGGAUAGUCGUGCUCUUGCCGGCCGUCGACGAAGUCGACUACAAGUCUUAUCAUCAUGUACGGUAUGCUGCUGGAGAGCGUGCAGCACUUUGUGCAGCUCGAGUAUGGCGAACUCGUAUGGAAGCAGGCGUUACACACGACCGGAUGCAAGCACACCGUGUUCAACACGUACCAGCAAUAUCCGGACAGCCUUAUACCAGACCUGGCAGCGGCUCUGUCGGCCAUUACCGGCAGAAGCAUCGACGAGUUUAUGGUUUUCUUCGGGCGAUGUUUCGUACGCUUCUUCAGUAAUUUCGGUUACGAUGAGCUGAUCAAGGCCACGGGGCGAUACUUUUGCGAUUUCCUCCAUUCGGUGGAUAAUAUCCAUCUGCAGAUGCGUUUCACGUACCGAAAGAUGAAAAGCCCUUCGAUGCAGCUGAUCGAGGUGGAUGAGAACGGUGCCGUGUUGGUGUAUAGGAGCACUCGUUCUGGGUUUUCCAAAUAUUUGCGAGGCCAGCUGAUGGAAAUUGCGAAGCAAUUGUACAACAUGGAUGUGACAAUCAAGGUGCUGGAGAGUCAGAAUGAUGUUCCGGGAGGAACAGCCGGUCCUAUAUCGAUUCAGGGAGGGCUCAAAACGGUGAUUGUCAAGUAUCGGUUGGAUUUCGAUAAUCGAGAGUAUAUGCAAAGACGUGUACACAUCACAGCGCAUCCGUCACAGCUGCAGCUGGAACCCGUCAGCAGUAGCCUUCUGCUGGAGCUGUUCCCGUUUGCACUUAUUUUGAACGAACAGAUGCGGAUCACCGCCGCAGGCGAAAAACUCAUCGAAUCGUGGAUGCUCAACAACCCCAGCCGUUCACCAAUGGAACUGAUGGGUGCCAAGGUGACCGACCACUUCAAGCUUCGGCGGCCGACUGGAAUUACUUUCACCUGGGAGAAUAUGAAGCGGCUCCAGACGGUGAACUUCGACAUUCAGCUGCUCAAAGGUGCAGCAGUCAACGGAACCGCUGAAGCGAGCGGCACCGGAGGGGACUUGAAACCUACACUCGCAGAUAGCGAGGACCCGACUAAGUUGAUGUCGAUCGCACGACGUGGUUCGCAAGGAUUGAGAAGUAUCCUACUGAAAGGGGAGAUGCGCUACAUUAAAGACAUUAAUUCAUUGGUUUUCCUUUGCAGUCCUCUAAUCAACAACCUGGAAGAGCUUCGUGAAGUUGGUUUGUAUUUGAACGAUUUGAACACCCACGGCCUUAGCAGGGAGAUGGUAUUUUCCGGAUUUUCACACAACUCCCGGCUAGAUCUGAUGUGCGAACGUGAGGAAAAGCGAGCUGAGGAACUGGAAACGUCUUUAGCCUUGGCUGAUUCGUGGAAACGCCAGGGCGACGAGUUGUUGUAUUCGAUGAUUCCGAGAUCGAUAGCCGAACGGCUUCGAGAAGGGCAGAAUCCUCUGGAGACAUGCCACAGUUUCGAGGAAGUGACUGUCCUGUUUGCAGAAAUUCAGGAAUCGCUUAUGUCCGAUGACUCGAUUAAGUAUGCGAUGACGACGGUGAACACGCUGAACGCGGCUUUCUCCGCGUUCGACGAGUUGAUACAGUCACCGAUGGCAUACAAGGUCGAGACAGUUGGCAAGGUCUAUAUGGCGGUCAGCGGAGCGCCAGAUGCGAACCCUUGCCACGUACAGCACACGGCCGAUCUGGCAAUAGGGAUGCUCCAGAGCAUCCACGACUUGAAUCUGCCGGGAGUUGGAGUGAAAAUCGGAUUUCAUACAGGGCCGAUCGUGGCUGGAAUUGUUGGACUGAAGGUGCCACGGUAUUGCUUAUUUGGGGACACGGUUAAUACGGCAUCCCGAAUGGAGAGUAGUAGCGACACCAACAAAAUCCAGGUUUCCGGAUUCACUGCCAACAAGUUGAGGAAAUAUGGAUAUGCACUAAGCUUCCGUGGAAAAGUGUCUGUUAAGGGAAAAGGAGAGAUGGAAACGUUCUGGCUGGAAGCAGGACCCAGUGGUUCACAAAAAAGUGCAUCUUUGAAAAAAUAAUCAAUUUGGACGUUAGCGAGUACUGUAGAGAAAGACAAACAAAUUGUGCCUUCACUCAAAUUACACUGCAAUUAAUUACUCUUAGUAGGACUCAAUUUACACAAUCUAACAAAGACUUACACUUACUAGAAAAUUCUACGAAAUAUAAAUGUUUCUCUAUAUUCUG